UAUAAAGAGAAAUUUUUAAUUUAUUUAAUUUUAAAAUUAUAUUGAAAUUUUUAAAAGAAGAACGAAAGUAAAUUAAAAGUUAAAUAAAAACACUAAAGAUUGUGCAAUAUAAAACUUUUCAACAGUUUUCAAAACACUAGUAACAACAAAGGGGAAUUCCAUGGAUCUUAAUUUAGCAACCACAACAACAGCGCUUGUAAACACAAAUCAAGAAAAUAAUCAAUUAUUAUUAAAUGCCAUUAAAAACAAAUUUGCAGCCCAAACGGAACAAGAGGCUGCCUCCUUUAGUCCGCCCAAAUUUAAUAUACCGCUACUAAAGAUACCGUCUAAUGCUAGUAAGGAAAAUACAAAUACUAACGGCAGCUGUAGCAAUACUCCUCCCAAUAGCCAACUCAAUCAAUUUUUAUUAAAACAACUGCAAGAAAAACAUACGAAUAAUGUUAAAGAUAACGAAACAACAGGAUUUGUUUUGCCACAACUGCAGUUGAAUAAUAAUAGUGAUAAGUCAGUCUUAAAGUUUGAACUGCCGGUAUUAACACAAGCCACUGCAGUUAAUAUACCAAAAGAUAACAAAAUCAGCAGUUUAACCACUGCCAUUAACAAAUUGCAAGUACAAGACUUGUCCAAAGCAGAGGAAUCCAAUCUAACAACAUCUCUGCCACACAACUCUAACAUUGAUCUAACCACUGCUUUAUCCUCUAAAAAGCACUCUCAUCAAGGCACUCCCCCCACCAGAGAUUUUCAUAAAACCUCUACAAAAUCAAAUGCUGAAGAUUUAAAUUUUGUUAUACCCUUCAUAGACUGUGAUCGUUUGGAUAAUUCUAGCAAACAAGACCUGCUCUUACCCCUGUCCAAUGAAUAUUGCAUUACCGACAUUUCACAAUUGCUGCUCAAACACUCCCUCGUAGAACCAUCUGUCAUUGGUCGCUUCUUAUGUUUAGCUGAUGAUAAGUACUUGCCACCUGCUCCCUUACACUGUUUAAGUCGGGAAUAUCGCCAGCAGCCAGCUAAACAUUAUAUAGCACCAUUUCGUUUUGAAACUAAAUCACCGGAUGAUAUGGUAAUGGAAGCUUUAAAUAAAUAUCAAAUGCGUCAUUAUAAUUGAUGUAGCAAAGGUAGAAUUAUUAAGAGAUUGACAAAUUUUUGGCCAAUAUUUUUUUAUUGGCAUCGCAAAAAUGAGAUUUUCGAAAUUUUUGUAGAGAUGCAGACAAGCGAGUAAAUUUUUAAACAAAAUGUUUAGUUUUUUUAAGUUAAAUUAAUAAAUUAAAGUUUAA